AUGAUGGAUCUUCGUCGAUUCACAAUGUCAAAUCCAACAGCUGCUUUUUCCAUUGUUGCACAUGAAGCAUGGGGUCAUAAAAUUUCUGAUGGAGAAAAUGAUGAUGAUAUAAAUCAAGAUGAUGGACACAAUGCAAGUCAACGAUCCCGACGUCGAUUAAGACGUGAUUUCAAUACUCUACCAGAAAAACUUUUAUUAGCAAUAUUUGCUUAUUUACCACAUGUAGAAUUAUUACGUUGUGCUCGUGUUUGUCGUUUAUGGCGUACUUUAAGUCAAAAUUCAAGAUUAUGGAAACAAGUUUUUCUUCGACCAGAAUAUCAUGGUUUACACGUCAAAAAUCUUGAUCAAUUUCUUGUAUUAAUUGGUCAUCGUUUUUCAUCAUCAUUACAAUAUAUUGAAUUACCAAUGGAAUUAAUAACAGCUGAUGUUUUACAUGAAUUAGCUAAUAAAUGUCCAAAUUUAAAAUAUUUAACAUUAGAUUUUUCAACAGCUAUGCAAUUACAUGAUUUUAAUGAUUUAAACAUGUUUCCAUGCAAUCUUAAAAUGCUUUGUAUUUGUUUAUCNCACACCGAUGACCAUUACGUUAUUGUCAAGGCUUCACGAAGCCUAUUUCUCAAGCAAAUGUAUUUAUUUUUCUAUUAA